AUGUCAGAAGUUGAGGGUAGGCUUUCGUGUAAUCCGCACUGUGCGGAGACAGAUAUCGAAAGUAAUGUUAAAGUCAGUCCAAAUUCGGCCUCUCUGUUAGACGCCGAAACAGUUCAAAACACUAACGUAAACACCAAUAGUUCCCUGGUUGAAGAGUCAUUGGAUGACAAUGCCUUGUUGAAUGGUCUGUUGACUGAUAACUUUUGUCACGUAUGUGAAGCAGUUCUGCAGUUUGAGUCUCAGCGGAUAUCUCACUAUGAGGGAAAGAAACACGCUCAGCGAGUUCGACUGUACUUGCAAACAAAAAAGAGUGAGAGACAGGGCCAAGAUCCUAAUAGCUUUCAGAGAGUGCCUAUGGACACAGAGAAGUUCUGUGAGCUGUGUAACAUGGUGUUUAGUUCUCCUGUGGUGGCAAAGUCUCACUAUGAAGGCAAAGUCCAUGCCAAAAACAUGAAGAAGAACAGUGUAAUUCCUUCAAAAGAUGAGAUGUCUUCUGUUGGAGCUUCGGUUUCUCCCCCAUGCCCAGUAGAGGGCGCCAGAGAGGGGAUGGGUCAAGAACUGAAGGACAGUUCUGAACAAAGCAGCCAGGAAGUGGACUUAAGCGACCCAAACAAGUAUUGCCGAAUGUGCGCGGCUUCGUUCAACAAUCCCCUGAUGGCUCAGCAACACUACAGCGGCCGGAAACACCAGCGUAACCAGUCACGCCAGCAGCUCCUGGACCAGCUCCAGGAACAGCCUGAUCUGGUGAACUCCCUUACCUGCCCAGUAUGUUGUAUAACAUUCAACUCUGUGGAGCCACUCCAAGCUCACAUGCAGGGAAACAAGCAUCGUGUUAAAGAGAAGAAAGUUUCUGACCUGUGUAAGUCUCAGAAGAAAGUCUAUGGCUCCUUCCAGGAUGAGUUGGACGACUACAUCCAGGUGCAGAAGGCCAGAGGGCUGGAGCCCAGGAUGGGACAGAAGGAGCCGGAAGAGAGAGAAGCCCAACACCCGAGCGAUAACACGCAGAGAGAGGAGCAGACACAGAAACUCUCUCCUCCGUCAUGCACCCCUCCUGUCCCUGGUUUCCCUCCCCCACUUUGGUGUCCGCCAUUUCCACCUCCCAAUUACCACUGUGGGUUUGGUCCAAGGGGCCCUGAGCCAUACGUCUGGGGCCAAGGCUAUUCUGUGCCUCCCCCACCCCUCAUCCCUGGCCUAACUGGACGGGCAUUUAAUAGGGGGAGGAACCCCGAAUCCUAUAGCUCCUCCUCUUUCUCAGACUCCUCCUCUUACAGCAGCAGCAGAAGCAGAAGUAGUAGUAGUAGCAGCAACAGCAGUGAUUACAGCAGAGAGAAGAGACGAAAGAAAAAGAGAAGGGAGAGGAGGAGGAAAAUCAGAGAGCCGGAGGAGGAGGAGGAGGAGGAGGAAGAGAAGGAGGAGGAAAGGGAAACAGACAGAAGGAGGAACAAGAGGACGAGAGGAAGAGAUGACGAGGAGGACCGAGAUGACGCGAAGAGGGCAAGGAGGAGAGAGAGAAGAAGAAGAAGAGCGAGUUUGGAUGAUGAGGAGGGAAUGGACGAGGAAAAAGAGAGGAGGAAACGGCGGGAGAGGACCCAUCAGGACAGCGAGUCGGCCGAGGACGAGAAAAGGAGGAGAAGGUCGAAUAAGAGAAGUAAGAAACACAAACGUGGACACCACGCCAAGGGGCACAGAGAGGAAAGCGGAGGGAAGAGCCUGGCGGCCGGAGGCGACAGACUCGACAAAGAAAAAGGAGAGGCGGAAGACAGGAUAGAAGGUUCCGUGGAAGAGAGGGCGGAAACAAAAGAAGAGCGAUCGAAACACAGGAAAGAGAAAAGGAAGACGAAGGAAAAGACGGAUAAAGGAGACAGCAGGACAGAGGAGGAGAAACUGUGGGAUGAGACCAUUCUUGGACUCUUCUGAACAAUUGACGGUUAAUGAGAUAUGAUUGUUAGGGCAGGUGCAAGUCAGAAAAGAAGU